GAGCGCCGGCGGUGUAGGGGUGACGACGAUAGCGGAGCGCCAGAGAGGGAUUUGAGAUAUUAUUGUCUGGUAAAUAUGAAUGAAUGGAAGACAAAGAAACCUUUAGAAUGGGAGAAGUACCUGAAUAAAGAAGUGAAAGUUACUGCGGAUGAAAAGAACACUUACCAGGGCUGGGUCUUCACGGUUGAUCCAGUAUCAGGAAGUGUUGUUCUGGUGAACUUUGUAGAUGCUGGGAAGGUGUCUGUUGCGACCGUCAUGGGCCAUGCGAUCCAGGCAGUGGAACUGAUCAGUGAAGGAGAAAGUAACACCACCGAGAGGCUUUCGGCCUUAUUCAUGCCCGUAGGAAGCAGGGCCUACAGCAACGAGGAGCUCGAACAACGGAAACUCCGCCUGAAGUCCUGGCUGGAGAAAAACCGGAUUCCUGUUACAGAGCAAGGGCACCAAAAUAAGAUGCUGUGUGUGGCCGGGGUAUUGACUGUUUCUCCGCCAUAUAAUGCAGAAGACUGCAAUAGCUCCAAUGAAAUCAUCUUAUCUAGAGUUCAAAGCCUCAUCAACUGUAACCCUGAAGCCGGUGACAAAAAUGAAUAGAGUACCAGUUUCCCUGGUAAAUUUAGUAUCUGCAACUCCAUUGUAAAACAUUUACCAUUCUCCUGCAGACACUCCCCUGUCCAGAAUUAUGAUGCAGUUCUAAUCGCUGCUGUGCAGAGCAAAACUAAAGUUCAAAAUGAGCUUGUCAUCCAAACCGAUGUACCAUUUUUAACUGUCCAGAAGAGAAUCUCAUGUUGAGUUUUUGUAUGUUUUCAUCUCACAAGGUACUGUUGUAAAUAUACAACUUCCAUUCUGAAGUUCAUUAGUAAA